AUGCGUAGCUACAAGAUGGUUUGUUUACUUGAUGGGCCUUCUGUUCAGCCCAACGACGGGCUCGGAAUCACGCCGCCAAACUAUCGCCAGCAGUCCCACGCGUCCAGUAUCCAGCCAGACCGACCUGUGGCAGAUGGAUUGAUGGCCUCUCUAACAUCCUAUUACGAGAUCCUUGCGCUCCCUCCAGCCCUCCGCGCCGAGUUAACGCUCCCGGCGCGAACCCUUCGAACUGCGUACCGGCGUGCCCUCCUGCAGAACCACCCCGAUAAAUCGACCUCCCAGACUCCAACCUCCGCAUGUGCCCCUAAGCAAACGAUUUUUUCCAUCGAUCAAAUUACGAGAGCCUACUCUACUCUUUCGAAUCCGAAAACGCGGAGGGAGUAUGAUAAAGAGCUGAAGCUGCUGUGUGUAGGUGGAGGUGUCAAUAAAGAGGGAGGGGUAGAGGGACAAAAGGAGUGGCGCACGGGCAUCGAGACGGUAGAUUUGGACGAUUUGGAAGGGGGAGAUGGAAAUUCAGGCGGGGAGCAAGAGGGAGACGCGGUUUGGUGGAGAGGGUGCAGAUGUGGUGACGAAAAGGGCUUUCUGAUCAGCGAGAGCGACCUGGAGGACGCGGCUUGUGAGGGGGAAGUUAGUGUGGGCUGCAGAGGCUGUAGUCUUUGGUUGAGGGUCCUGUUUGGGGUCGUGGAGGAUGUAGAUGGGGCCAACAAGAAGGAGGAGGGCGUGGAGUGA